UUCGUUUUCUCCUCAGACUUGCAGCGCUUUCGCAAUGAAUGCGUAGCUGCCCAUAACUUCUACCGCGCCGGACAUGGAACAGCGCCUCUUUGCUGGUCAUCGCGACUCGCGGAGAGCGCGCAAAAUUGGGCAGAUUACCUCGCUAGUUCCGUCGGCGGCUCGCUAAGGUACAGCUCUGACAAGGACAUCGGCGAAAACCUCGCCUGCCUAUGGGGCUCUGAACUAAACGGGCAGAAAGUCACACGGAUCUGGUACGAAGAAGGGAAGUAUUUUGAUUACAACAAGCCUCGAGUUAACUCGCGUACGCGCUCCUUCUGUCAGGUGGUAUGGGAGGGGACGCGAGAGCUUGGAGCGGGAGCGGCUGUCACCAAACAUGGAAAACAGAUCAUUGUGGCACGGUAUUUUCCAGCCGUGAAUAAGAGAGAUGUGACGCGGAACGUGAAGAAAGCUAGGAGCACGCCAGAGAAUGAACAGCCUCUGGCGUACGAUACGCGAUGGAGCAGGCUCUAUGUUGGUAAGAGACACUCUCGAAUGUCUCUUAAAUAUGGCGACCUCUGUGUUUUAGAUUUCUCAUUUGCAUUUUAUCCUUUAGUUUUUUCACAUGAAAUAAUUAUUUUCUUCAUUUGAGGAAAAAAAGGGUUGCUUUGAUUGAUAUAAAAGUAAGGAAUUUCGCGAGGUUUAAGAUCACUGUGGAAAUAUUUCAAACAUUUUUUCUCGUUAGGUUUCGUUUAGUUCUUGGUAAGAUAUUUUUCUAUUGUCGUUUGCUUGUUAUUAAUAUGCACAACACGGAAAACUCGUGAUCAACAGGAGGGUUUCAAAUGAAGCGAUUUUCCAUGUUUACUGGAUUAGAAACGAUGCUGUUUGAAAGCGGUUUUUAAAAACAGAAUCUAAACAAACUGUUCCAGCCUCUACUCAAUCGUGGGGAGGGUCUAUUAUUUUUGAAAUGAAGGACAACAAACAUACUUUCGAUCGUUUCAUCAAAGACAAUAAAUUUGGGCCGGUCGACAGUGUCGCAAAAAACAUAAAAUAUUAAAAAAACAAAAACCAGACAUUCAACGAAUAUUCUCGAGUACGAGUACUGGACGCGGAACAAAUAUUGUUUCAAAGCAUGAGGAGUAAAGUCUAUUUUUGAAAUAUAAGAAUCUGAUAGUGUCAUGCGCCUUACAUUUGACGGAAGUGGUUUCGCUUUGUUUUGGUUCGCUCAGUCUUCUCACAAGGGAUUGAUUUUGAUUUGCAUCAGAACUAAAAUUAUGCCACUUUCCUGAUCUCUGUUGUCUUAUUCAAAUGAUUCACAGAAUAUUUUCUCGGUUUAUUCACACCUAGAGAAACUAUUUGUGCUAAUUUUAACAAUGGUUAAAGCAUCGAAAAGAACCGAUUUAUUUGCUUUUGCUCUUCGUUACAACCUGUUUCUGUAAGCGGUGAUAUUUGCAUAUGAUUUCUGAAUUACUUCGCUCUUUUGUUCCGAUUAAAGACUGUAAAUUCAGUAUCUCAUUUACCAGCUUCUUGCAAAAUUUCACUAGAAUUUCGAGUCCUCUAAGUUGUUAGUCACAAUUUUAAGAUGUCUUUAAAUUAUAUACUUGUCUUGGAUUUUUUUUUAAUUUUAAAACUGAGGAACUUAGUAUCGUUUAGGGCUAAGUGCGGUUUAACUGAUUUUCUUUUAUCGUAAAGCACCUGUUGAAUAAAAACAAAAAUAUUUCGUUUUCGGCUUGGAUGUAAUCCUGGAACGAAGAAAUACCUGUUCUGUCCUCCUAAGUAUCAAAUUAUUUGUACAAGUCCUGUUUGUGUGUAAUUGUCUAAACUUCACACUAUACAGAGCUUGUACUUUCUCAAUUUUAAUAUAAAUAUUAUCGCUUUACGAAGGAAUUGUUAAUAUUUCUCGCCUUACAAAUGAAUCAUUUUGCUUUACAAAGAACCUGGUAAACGACUAGCUGACACGUCACUGAAGCAUCUUCGGCGUAAGAACAGUCCGUUUCGUUCAAAAUUGUUUGGCAUUGCGGCUUCAGCCAGGGUUAAUCCCAUAUCGCACCCUAUAGAUGGACAACAUUCUUAUCUCUUUAUGAGAAUUGUAUGUGAAUUUUAAACACUUUGAUAAAUUUGGUGGUAAGCUUGUAAACGAAACGGCUUUAUUCAUCAAACAAUGAACCUGUCGAUACAUAAUAUCACGUUUUCUUUCUUUCUUUUUUUUUAUUUUUCAUUUUUAUCUUUUGUCCUGUACCAAAUGUUUGAUAAUCGAGAAUACUGCAUUUAGCUUACUGGGAAAUUUUAGCCGCACAGAUUUUUGCGGCAAAAUAUCGAAUGUGCAUGCAAAAUUUGUAACCACGUGUAACCCGCUAUUAAUUUACCGGAAUACAGAAUUAUCUUAAAAUUGUGAAAAUUUUCUCCUAGAUAUCAAAUAUCGGUUUAGAAACGUUUCCAUAACAGCAACAGUAAAGCAAAGAUUUAUACACCAGAGCGUAAUGAAGGAGAAAAUUCGUCUGAGGAAAUUCAAACUUGGAAACAAUCAACUGUCUUUGCGCCAAACAUUCUCUUUAAAGCAAUACAUUAUUAAAUUCUUUGUGUGGUUGCUGGUAAGCGCAGAUUACAUUUAAAUUGUUUUUGCAAUAUUUUUCAAAAAGCUAGUCAUUUUAGAUGGUGUCCGUCUAUUUGAUAUUAGAGAUAGAAAUAGUGAAGUUUAUUUUUAUCCGUAGAUAAACCAAGCUCUUUCAAGUAGAAGUAAAACCAUUAGCCUCUUUAGGUUCCUUAAGUCGUUUUUCACCACUGAUUCCUUGUGUCUGUAAAUUGGUCAUUUUUCAAAUUGAAUACGUUCCUUUACUCAAAACAUUUCCGUCUGUCAUUUUUAAGUUUGUGAGCAACACAUCCUUAGAGCAAUUUAUCAAAGUUGUUGAGUUUGUUAGGUAGCGAAAACACGAUAUAUGCAAAUGAAGAAAAUUAAUGUAAUGUAAUCAGAUAAAUUUCGUGCGUAGGAAACCUACGCGUAACAGUGAAGACAAGAGUAUCUGAUUCCACAAAUGUCUGCUUGUACGCGAAUGUAACCUAAGGAGCUUGUGUAAAUGAAAGAGAAUUGAAAAUAUCUUGGUUCCUCUCUUGCGUGUCCCUCCCUUAUCAAAGAGUGAAAACAUGUUUUUGGUGGCAGUUUAGUGUGUGGGGGGGGGGGGAAUUGUUCGAUGUCUUUUUAGAUUGGAUAUUUUUGGUGACUAUACCAUGGAAAACUUCAAGACAUGCCUGAAUAUUUACCAAAAAACUCUCGGGGCGGUCCUUUUUGCAUCAUUUUUCAUGUAUUUAAUCACAGAGUGGCGUCAUAUAGUCAAGCUAUUUCAGUUACUUCCACCGUUUAGCUCUCUAACUAACUAACUGACUUAAUUUUCUCGUGUUUCAGGCCUUAAAGAGUUUCACGAAGAAUGCCUGGCUGUGCACAAUGAGUACAGGUUCAGACACGGUGCCGCUCCUCUUCAGUGGUCAGCGGAACUAGCUUGGGAAGCCCAGCAGUGGGCUGAGAAUUUGGCGCGAAGUGGUGAACUUCGACACAAUGAUGACGACACUGUUGGGGAGAAUUUAGCAGGAAUGGUGGGUGGUGAACUAACUGGGCGGGAAGCGACAGAUAUGUGGUAUGACGAAAUAGAAGACUACAACUUUGAUGACCCGGGUUACAGCGAAGAUACAUCAAACUUUUCGCAGGUAAUGUCCUCUUGUUUUCUUUCUUUCUUUAUAAUUAAACAUUUAAUGCUGAUGGCCUUGAUGUUAUACGUUUUUGACGGAAGCCAAAUAAGAAAGUGAAAAGCUUAUAGGGUAAACUUUUCAAAUUGUCCAAACUUUGGCUAUGACUCCACAGAAACCAAACCCGUCUUUUUUCAGCACAGGCAAGGAAAAGAGAUCCUAAGAAGGCGUCGAGUUCGUUCGACGAAAUAGUCUGUUUUAUUGCUAUUCAGCGCUAUACUCGCAUACAGAUAGUCUCGCUAUUUGGCAAACUGUGUCAUAUCCUGUUUCUUCAUGAAGUUGAAGGUCUUUGUAGAAACAUCGAACACUUUUGAUAUCCACGUAUUUUAUUUUUUGCUUUUGCCAUCCCAGAUUGUUUGGGUCGCUUCAGAGUCUCUCGGAGUUGGUAGAGCACUCCACGAUGAUUUGUGUGUAGUUGUCGCUUUUUAUGAACCUCCGGGUAACAUGGAAGGAUCAUUUGGGGACAACGUUCUUCGUAUGGGGUCAGCGGUGCGGCAAAGAAAGAGUAAAGAGCCAAGACGGUUUGUGCCGCCUACCCCUGGUGAGUCAUACCACAAGGUUUUUUUUCCUGACAUAUCUUUGCCUAACAUGGCAAAAUUCUUUGGCUCAGGUAACUAUUAUUUGUUUUCUUAUCGUUAUUGAUAAGAAAUUGGUAUCAUACUAAGAUCGAUAAAGAAGCAACCAAGUGAUACCAAGGAAGAUACCAAGGAGAAUUGGAACGAUAGCCUCCUCACGACAAAUAUCCGUAUAUCUUUGGAGUCUACCUUCACUAAAUUUCAGGUGACUCGUCAGCGCUCUAAGCUGAAACGUUUUGGUGGCUAUAAUGACUAUUUAUUUGCAGCGAAAGGUGCCAAAUUGAUGACCUGUGUGCGGUGGUAAUCUUGCGAAUUUUAGCCUUUAGUUACUUAGUCUUCAUAAAAUAUUGCUCAUGCUCGGUUGCUUUCAGCUGUAAAAAUUUUCCGCUUUUUCCUUGAUUGCCCGAGUAUGAAACCUUGACAUGACACAUGAAACUUCUAAAUCAAAUACCAGCCUCACAGCGUGCUCCAAAUGAUUUCAGCAGUUUUGCACUUCAUAAUAUUUUAAAAUGUGUCUUCCUUGGAUUUAGAUUUCGACUUCUCUGCUGGACGCCACUGAUUUAAACCUUGUAUUUGCCCAACAGACUUAGAGAGUUUUCGCCUGGAAAUGCUCGUCACCCAUAACUACUUUAGAGCCCGUCAUGGUUCUCCUCCGCUAGUUUUCAGUGGGGCCCUAACAGAUGAGGCCCAGUAUUGGGCCGAGCGCCUUCUGGUGACUGGCGCCAUGGAAAGCUUGGAUAAUUCGAGGAUUGGAAUAAGUGUGGCGGUGCUUGACAAGGCCCAAGUCAGCGGUGUAAAGGUAGGGUAGGAGAUUGUUGUAAAGAGAAUAGCCAUUUUAUUAUCCUGACAGAUCAUAGGACGCUAGGAAAAUACAGCCUUGAACGUGAGACGCGCAUUCUUUGGGAUUUAAUCGUAGAUUGAAAAAUCGGACUUAUCAGCGCUAAACGAAAGCUAAAACCCAGGAACAAUUAUCUACCUUAAGCUUAAUCGACCUGGCAAGGACUGCCCCGGAUAAAGCGUCCCUGUUUCCUUGGCUAUUAGUGUCGCAUGUACAAUAUAUGCGACAAUAAUAGAUCACUUUAUCAAUAGUUUGAGCUUUAGAUACCCAAACUUAGUGCGGUUUCCUACUCUCUAUAGGUCUCUGAGCUGUGGUACAAGGAAAUAUUGAGCUAUGACUUUGACAGUCCUGGCUUUAGUAACGAGACACUAAACUUCAGUCAGCUGGUCUGGCAAAGCAGUCGUAAGCUGGGUAUUGGUAAAGCAACAGGUGUGGACGGAGUGACUGUCAUUGUAGCACGCUAUGAGCCUGUCGGAAAUAUAGAUGGACUGUUUGUGCAGAAUGUCAAGCGACGAGGACACGAGAGAGGCAGCUGUGAACCAAUGAUAUUCCACGUGGAAUAUAGAUACCGUGUGCGAGCCGACAGCAAGUCCACUACCAGCUUUAUGAGUUGGGAGCAUGAAGGUUUGUACUUUUCCUGUUGACAAAAGGAACCUUCUUUGUCCUGCUAAUUUAACUGUUGACACAUAUAAAUUAAAUGAGAGGGCAGGAGUUUGUAACAGCGUGAGUCAACUUUUUAAUUGCAGUUUUCGAGGGAUAUGUCGUGAAAGUUUUGAUUAUAUCAUACCAUCGGCAACUUUGACUCUGCAUGUUAGUUGAUAAUCUUACUUGACCAAACAGUGGUCUCGGUGAAUUACAGAAAAGAAAUCCACGUCAAAAAUAUCUCCUAUCAGAAAAUUUACGAUCUGGGUUUGUGACAAUAUUUACUUUCUGAUUAUUUGGUCAUAUCCAGGACUACUUGGGUGCCCUUUGAUUUUUGAAAUGUGUCAGGAGGCAAACAUAAGUAAAUCAUGACGUGAGUUGAAAUUUAGGUGUGUCGUCAAUGCAAAAACAAAGGAGGCAAUUCUCCUGAUGAAUAAAAAUCCUUUUUCAGAUGCGCCGACUUUUGUUGAACUACAGACUGGUUCCGUGAGGACGAGGUAAGAGUUAUAUGGUGUAUAUACACGUUAUCUAAGUAACGCAUGCGUAACACUCGCUCAUCAUGAUUUGCAUUAAAUGUCUCUGCGGUCAGUUUUGUGUUCUUACACUCAUUCAUGUUUGUUUGAGACCUCGUUGGGUUUCUUUUAAACGCGCAAUGAAUAUUUUUCGUUUCUCAUGACAAAGUAAAGGAAAAAAAACUAAUUAAAACAGAGAUAUGGCGGAUAGUAAUUAUUACGGUGCAGCAGGUAGGUAAACCAUGCUAAUUUCAUUCUUCCUAAAAUGGUUAAAAACCACACUUCCUCAAAGCUUCAAGCAUUUUACGGAAACGUUCGUUUGAAAAAUUUGUAAAAAUGAAGAAUAAGAAAGUUUUCCUGACUCAAACAAUUGGUUAAUACGUUGAUUUUGUCGCCACUUUAGUUGUGAAGCACCUCAAGGGACUGGACUUAAUCGUGCAAAGUUUCUGUUAAACCGUUUAUUAGAAGACUUGGACCGGUGUCGUAACAGCUGUUACCUUUCCCCUCCCCUUAGUAUGGCCGCCAGUUUAAGUUGGAGGUAUGAACUCUCGUCUUCCCGCUUAGCAUUUUCUCUGAGUACGUUGACACGAGAGCAAAAAGUCGAUCGUGCGGUGUUUGGCGGAUGUCCACCCCUCUUUGCGUGAAAUGAGAGAUUGUUUGCUCACUGUACUUUUGGAUCCAUGAUUUUAAAAAGCCUUGUAUAAUUGGCUGGUUUUUUUUUUAAAAGGAUUUUUACAUUUAUUUUUGAAAUUUUGAAAGAGAAUUUGAUUUUUUUAAUGCCCGUUAGAAAAAUAGUAUAAUCACUGAGGAAAACACUAACUAUUUUUCUUUCCUAUUUUUGACAAAAUAGGAAAGAAAAGUGCCUUUCAGUGUAAGUGAUUUAGAAUUAAAAAAGAGACUGUCGUUGUGCCAUGACUUUGUGUUUGUAGCUGCCAAUUCUUUCUUCCCGAUGAAACGAGUGAUUUCGCUCAUCCGUUUAUUUUCCUCACCAUCAAGUGAACUAGUAUAAAAAUUUCGUCUUUCAAUUAUUUUUUUCCUUGGGAUAACUACCUUAUCCUGAGUUGAACAUACCAUGACUACAUCAAUGAAGAAAGUGUAAUGUAUGAGACGACGAAACGAGCACAAAAAGGGGGCAGAUUAAUUCACAUUGUCCACAGUAUACUUUAACUGGAAUAUAAUGUAAUCAUACACAGGAAAACAUAUUGUGAUUGGAAAAUGAGUCCAAACCGACCAUCUCUACGAGCACACAUACCAAAAAUAUGCCAGCAAAACCAACAGCUUUGUUCAGUGUCGUGUGCGCUAGGUUUUCCCCAUGGGUGCUUGGCUCUUUUAGUUCUCUCUAUUUCAGGGUUACAGCCGCUUCCCCAGAAUCAAGGAUCGCGGAUAAUUUAGCGGCUUUUGCUCUCUUGUAAACGUAGUCUGACUUGUUAUCGCAUGUUAUGAAAUGUUCUUAACACUGUGCUAGGCCAAAUCAAUUAAAAAAAUGCCUACUUUAGGUCCCUCUUUUAAAACAAAGCACUUCGCUAAAGAAACUAACAACUGCAAUCUUCACUGAUGUUCUCGGGAUCGUAACUCUUUUGCUCACGAAUAAGUCAUUAGGCGGCUCUUGAGGUGAUGGGAAAGGCUCUCUCUCUUUAUAAAUAUGAAACGCUUUAUUUAAUGAUUAAAAAUCUCUGCUUUGCUGCUAAUUGAAUCGGGUAAAUUUCCUCGUUUUCUGGUUCCAUUUCGUGUUUUUGUUUUUAGCUGUGGUUUAUCAUUCUCAACAGUGGAAUUCAUUAAGGAAACGCCUAUUUUUUUUUUGACCGAGUAUUGAUUACGUAAGGAAUUCUUUGUUGUCAGCGCAUGUCAGUCCUUGAAAUAGCAUCAUAUCACAUCGUCAUACUCUAUUUUUAUCUUCCUUGUUAAUAAUUUCAUGACUGUCGUGUCAUUCUGUGAUUGUUAAUAUCCAAUCACCCAUUGAAAUAGUUAGAGGGAGAAGAAUUAAUCACAUAAAAUUUGCUGAAGGGGUUGUUAUGUGAAUAAAAAUCUUUCAUAAAUAAAUUAUUGUAGAAAUAAGAAGAAACAGUAAAUUAAAUGUAACUGUUGCUGAAAUAAAUGUCUAGCCAUGCAACUGAAAACGCUUGCUGAUAAUUUUAAUGAGCAUUAACGCACAAAACAACUUAAAUUCUGUAAACCCACAAGAGAUAAACAUUUGAUCGUGAUUUCUUGUUGUUAAGACUGAUGUAACUAAACCAGAGUAACUUAACCUAAUGCUAAACAAUUGUUUUCUUUCAUUCAAUAGCGAUUUAAGUUUUAUCUAAAGGCGCUAAAUAAAAGUAAAAAUAUUUGUCAUAAGCCCCUUUACUCGUUUUACAAGGUAACGCAGACAGCCACUUUAGUUUACUUCCUCAGGAGAGAAUAACGGCACUAAUGCACUGAAUGGUAUUCAUUCCAGUGUAAUUAAAUAGAUGUGGUAACAGAGAAGCAGUAGGUUAUUUUUUGUCCAUUCUCUAAAGGUUCUCUGGCAGAAUCAAAGUGCCGAAAUUAGUGAUCAGAAUUGAGAUAAAAGAGCUAGAGUUAGAGCUAGUUUCUCCUGGGACUAUUUGAUUGGUAUGUAGUGAGCCAAAGCAAUCACCAAUGAAAAAGGCAAACACUUUGAUUCAUUGAAACAAGAGCCCAACGAUGCUAUUAGGUUAUAAGACAAAGUUGGUGCUUUAAGGCCUCCGACUGUUUCUUUGUAACAAAAUAUCUGCCAAUUUCGUGGCUUCUCAUUGUCACUUUCCCCCUCUAGUGACUUGGACGAGUUUGAUGAGAACGAGAAUAUCCUCCACAGGGCCCAGGCGCAGCAGGAAGUAUCUAACAACCUGACAGUAAGCGACCAUUUUACCCGGUUGGUAUGGAUAGAUCCUAACAGCCCUACUCUACAGAGGAAAGGUGUUAUCGAGGAGCCUGCUAAGGAUGACAAGAGUGGGCUGGAGGAGGAUGAAGAGAAAGAGGAUCCACGGACAGCGUAUGAACAGGAUAACACGUCAGAGGCAGCUGGUAAGGGAAUAAAUUGUUCUGAUUCAGCAGCAAAUUUUGGGAUGAAGGAGUUUCUACCGAAUUAGUUGGUUUGUUUGAAGAAAGACAAAUUAAGGUGAUUUGAACCACGUCCAUUCGGCUUCAAAUGUUUCUCUGGGAAAUAAAAGUCUUCCUUCUUUAGAAAAUCUGUUUGCAGGUGUUGGGGAAAUCAUUCUGUUCUGGCCUUUUGCUACUUAAAGCAUGGCUUCGCAAUGAUACCUAUUUCAAUUUUUCCAAGUAUCCUUAGCAAACGGAUAAGUCUUUCUUUGUUUAUUUCCAGAUCUUACCAGUGUAACGGAAGAACCACUCUUGCAUACCGAGGAGGGCGAAUUGGAAGAGGCUGAUUUGUUUUCUGAUCCCGAAGAUGAUCUGCAUCAACGUUUCUCUGAGGUGCGUCGCUCUCUUACAUUGGAUUCAGAGGGAACAGAACCAGACAUGCAGAGGGCAAGCGUUCUGUCCAAGGUAGCUUUCUUUGAGAUGUUUCAGCAAGGCAUGGAAACUCAAUCACCCUCCCAUUCAGAAACCUUACUUAGACGCAGUCUCAUUCAAGAAGAGCUGGAGGAAUUGGCUUCCCGUCCGAAAAGAAGUUCUUUCCCGCAAGAAGAGGAAGUUAGAGGAGAAGAGGAAGUCAUGGAAGAACAUGAGUGUCAGCUGGAAUUUGACGAUGUAUUUCCUGCGCACAGGGAGGGGGACGAAGAAGAUGUGCAACUAGACGAAGACAUAUUUGACGACGAGGCUGAAGACGAAGAAGAAAGUCUGGUAAGUGUUUCAGAAACAGAGGAUGUGCUAGAUUUUCCAGACUAUGAUACCAGACCAGAAGGCCUACAAGACCUUGAAUUUGAGGAGGUCGUUUGCGUGACCCACGAGUUUUCAGAAGAAGAGCAAUCAGCUAUGGAGAUCACUGAUGCCUACCACGAGGAUAUUUCGCAUGAGCAUCCCGAUAUUACGGAAGAGGAGGACCAACCACUUGGUCCAACGAACUUGAGCACAGCUGAUGAUUCUUACAGAACUGAUAAUUUUAUAUUGUGCGAGGAUGAAUCACCUGAUUUAGUAGAGAACACGCCAGAUAAUUCUAGGGAAGAAUGUUUUAAAUCUAGUGAGCCAAACUUAAACGAACAAAGAGACUCAUUUGAAAGAACUCCAGAUCCAGAGUUUUGUUUAAUGGCUUCGAAACAGGAAAACGUCGAAAUUCGAAUGAAAGAACUCUCAGCCAUAGGAGGACUUUCAUUAGUGGAGGUGAGCGAGGACGCUAGUGACGAAUCUGGUGAUUUCAACGAAACUAUGGAAGGAAAGCUUUUAGAAAAUAUUGUAAACAAUGGAAGGCGUUAUGAGCCAGAAUAUGAAAAAACACCAAUUGAAGAAACUUGUGAAGCUUCCUUUCGAGAGGCUGUGGAAUCGGAAAUAGAUUUUGAAGCGUUGUUUGGAAAACUCCACGCAGAUUGGGAUGUAUCGGAGAAAGCUAACGUAGGGCAGGAAAGUAGUAAAGUCAUCUACCCCUCUGAAACAGUUCAGGUUCUAUCACGAGAUCGUGAAAGUGAACGCGCAGCGAAAUUGACACAAAUAAGCCCUGAUCUUGGGCCUUCACCCAUUACAGAUAAUGACGACGAUCUGGAAGAAGAAGGGAAGGCUGGGUUAGAAGUAACGCUUGAUUACCAAGGUACAACAUCCAUUCCUGCAUGCGAUGAAUGCUUCAAUGAAUCUACUCAGAAUGAAACCAUUCAAGUGGUUUGGAAAAGCGCGAAUGAUCCCGUGGAGCCACAAGCGCGAUUGGUCAGUCCGACCCCGGAAGAUAAUGCGGAACAGUGUUAUGAAGCUCUUCGUCGAGAUUACGGUCAGGAACGUGCAAAGGCUCUCGAGGAAACCAGCUUAGAACUUAAUUUAGUGUUCUCCUCAUCUGAUGAGAUACUUCCAACUGAAGAACAUGUCGAACCAUUAGAUUACCAUCAAGCAUCUAAAUCAUCAACAGCGAGCGAGCCAUCAGAGAUCGUAGAGCACAUUGAUGCCGAGACUCGUCAAGUUGUGCAAUCUAAAAUGAACUUCGAGGACAUGUUUUGUUCCCUAGACGAAGAAAACGCAGAGUUUGCGGACGAACGUUCGGAAACCGAUCAUUUUGAAGAUAUCGUAAGAGAAUCCACUUCAAAAAUUGGGAACGCACCAGAAAAUUUUAAGGAGGAAUGUUUUAAAUCUAGUGAGCCAGACUUAAACGAACAAAGAGACUCAUUUCAAACAACUCUAGAUCCACAGAUUUGUUUAAUGGCUUCGAAACAGGAAAACGUUGAAAUUCGAAUGAAAGAACUCUCAGCCAUAGAAGGAAUUUCACUACUGGAGGUCAACGAAGAUGCUAAUGACGAAUCUGGUGAUUUCGACGAAACAAUGGAAGGAAAGCUUUUGGAAAACAUUGUACACAGUAAAAGGCAUUAUGAGCCAGAAUAUGAAAAAACACCAAUUGAAGAAACUUGUGAAGCUUCUUUUCGAGAGGCUGUGGAAUCGGAAAUAGAUUUUGAAGCGUUGUUUGGAAAACCCCACGCAGAUUGGGAUGCAUUGGAGAAAACUAACGUAGGGCAAGAAAGUAGUACAGUCAUCUACCCCUCUGAAACAGUUCAGGUUCUAUCACGAGAUCGGGAAAGUGAACGUGCAGCGAAAUUGUCACAAAUAAGCGCUGAUCUUGGGCCUUCACCUAUUACAGAUAAUGAGGACGAUCUGGAAGAAGAUGGGAAGGCUGGGUUAGAAGUAACGCUAGAUUACCAAGGUACAACAUCCAUUCCUGCACGUGAUGAAUGCUUCGAUGAAACUGCUCAGGAGGAUACCAUUCAAGUGGUUUGGAAAAGCGCGAAGGAUCCCGUGGAGCCACAAGCUCUUCGUCGAGAUUACGGUCAGGAACGUGCAAAGGCUCUCGAGGAAACCAGCUUAGAACUUAAUUUAGUGUUCUCCUCAUCUGAUGAGAUACUUCCAACUGAAGAACAUGUCGAACCAUUAGAUUACCACCAAGCACCUAAAUCGUCAACAGCGAGCGAGCCACCAGAGAUCUUAGAGCACAUUGAUGCCGAGACUCGUCAAAUUGUACAAUCUGAAAUAAACUUCGAGGACAUGUUUCGAAAAGAAAAACGAGCGUCACCGUAUAUGGAGGAAAAUUCAUGUGUGGACUCGGUGAAGUACAAAGUACCUGAGGACUCCUUACACAUUGAUGGUGAAACCCGUAGCUCUGAAAUAACCGAAGAGGUGGUAGAACAACAUGAUGACGUGCAACAGACAUCAUUGGUCAUGCAUGAACAAACAGUUGGUAGUGUUACAACCCGUUCGACGUCCUCGCCGUCGGUUAUAGCUGGUGAUGGCGCUUAUGGAAAGAGUUUUGAAGAAAUGUAUGAAGAUGUUUUUGAUGAAGUGGAGAGAAGAGCGUCUUUGUUGGAGGAAGAAGACUCAUUUAUCCAUGAAGUAGAACCUAUCACUCCUUCUUCCCCCAAACAUCUCGUUCAAGAACAUCAAAAUGUCGAACCCUUUGAAGAAAUUGAUGAAGAGCUCAUUCAGGAAAGCAAACGGGCAUCAGUGCUUUUAGAAGAGGAAAAAAAUAAAGUAAACGUUCAAACUGACAGCCCAUCUUCUCCAAAGCACAUUGCAGUGGAAAGCCGAAAUUUCGAGACUUACCACGAACUAGAAGAAGAAUCUAUCGAGGAGUGUAACCGAGCAUCGUCGUUUUUAGACGAAGGUACUCUUGUAGACGAGGAGAUAACUGUUUUGCCGUCAUCUCCUGAGCAUCUUGCAGGAGAAGGCGCGAAUGCGGAGAAUUUCGAAGAACUGGAAGAAGAGCCAACCGCUGAAAAUAAACGAGCCUCUCUUUUUAUCGAAGAAAACUUUGCUGUCGACGAAUUGACACCCACCAAAACGUCGGUUCCCAUUCACAUUGCUGGUCAAGAGGUGCGCAUAUCAGAAUUUGUGGAAAUCUCAGAAGAAGCUACGGCACCUUUAGAGCUCGCCCAGGAAUUUGAAGAAAGUGAUGAGGAGGUCAACUACGAUUAUGCCGUUACUAAAACCACUGAUGGAAACAAUCAUGUUGCUGGUGAGGUUACAAACAUAGAACUUAGAGAGAUUACAGAUGAAGAAGAGUCACCAGAAUCGGAUUAUGGUGAACAGUUUGAAGAAUUCGAGAGUGCUUAUCGCACUCAAGGACUCAUGGAGCCAACUCGAAGCGCGCAUAUUGCUGGAGAAAUAGAUAACAUUGUCUCUCGAGAUGAAGUCAUGGAAGACACAUUGCAGCUGGAGGAAGGUUUAGAGUUCGAAGACAGCCUUCAACUUGUAACCACAACUAAUAUAGAGGACACAAACCAAUCUUCACUACACGUAGCUGUUGAACUCUCUAACAUUGAACCACAUGAAGAAUCCUCAGAGGAAGAAAAACCAGAAAAAGAAGAGAUUGCAGAGGAAAUUGAAGAAACUGAGGUGCGAGCCACAACUGUUGCUCUUAAAUCUCCUCAAUCUUUACUGAGUAUUGCCGCUGCUGCAUUGGAACUCAAAAUUGAUACCACACAACAGGUCUCUGAGGUGGUAGAAACAAAAUCUGAAGUAAUGCAACAACAUAGUGAAGAGAAACAUCUCGAGGUGCCAGCUAUUUUUGUGAACGUUGCCGAUGAAGUAUCCGAUAAUGACGAAGAAAGUGCAUGCUAUGUCGAAGAAGAACCAAAUAUCGAGACAGAAAUACAAGAACAAUUUGAAGAAACUGUAGCAAAAUAUAAGACUGAAAAAAACCCUGUCUCUGAGUCGCAUGUUGCUGCAGAAGUUUGCAUUUCCGAAUUUCCUUCAAAGAAAGACGACGUGGAGGAGCAAACAGACUUUGCUGAACCUUUUGAGGAAAGUGAAGAGGGCUCUGUCUCAGAAUUAAUGUCCGAGUGUUCGUCGUCACCGUUGCACGUUUCUAGUGAACUCAAGGAUUUUCAAGAUUACGAAACAACUGGCGAGGAUUAUGGCACUGAAACCUAUCAAGUCAUGACACUCGAUGAAACUAAGUUCGUUUCGGAAAAGUCGUUCUCGAAAGGAUUGCCAUCACUUUACAUAACAGAAGAACUGUCGACACAAGCAAUUUAUGACGAAAGUGUCCUGAACGGGAAAUCAGUUGCAAUCGAAACGACUGAGGAGUACAAGAAAGAAGAGAAACCUUUAGAGACGGAAACUAGCAUUUUCGUAUCUCAACCGCUCCUGCAGACGGUUUCGGAUUUUUCCGACUCUGAUUACAAUGACGGUGUUGGAGAGGAAGAUGACUUAAGCGAGAGAGAGUUUUGUGAAGGAUUUGAAGAGAUGGAAGAGAGCGGCGGAAGAGAUACACUGUCAGGAGAGCCAACUAACGCUGUUUCUAAAAGCGUGUUAAGCGAGUCGCAAGUUGCAGAGGAAGAAGAUAAACUUGUAGAUGCAACUGACAACGCACAGAAAUCUAAGGAACAAGAGCUUGUUUAUGUUCAUCACUAUGCAAGAGAUGUCGAAAGAGAAAGCAUUGUCCAUACGGAAGGAAAAACGAAGGAAGACACUAAGGAAAUCGAAGAAAAAGGUUUUACACAUCAGAUGCAGACGUUUGCGACUGUGAGCCAGAGAGAACAGAGAUCUGUGGAAGUCAAGUCUAGUUAUCAUGUUAUGGAGAGCAGAGAGUCACAAAGCAGCGAACAUAUCUAUACUGGAGAAGAAGAACAGCGAAUGGAAAUAUCGCACACAAUUGAAGAGACAGUUCAAGUUAUUGCAUCGAAAACAACGCGUCAGGUAUCUUCCACAGAUUCUCACAUUGCUACUGCAAGUGAAGAAAUUCACUACAAGGCCGACAAAAACAGUGAGGGCAUACUAAAGGAAGAAUUAAAAACAGUUCAAGAAAUCUCUUUCACUCCAACAAAACAAACAACCCGACAAACCUCGUGGGAAAACGAUCAACACUAUGUAAAAAAUGAUCAGCUUAGUGAAAGUAUUUUAGAGAAAGAAGUCGAGGAUCAAGAAACCAAGAAGAAUGAAAGACUACUUUCAGAGGACGAAACAGAGGUUCGUCUUUUAAAGAGCGAAGUUAUGAAAUCCAAGGCGGCUGAACAACAAGAAUCCUUGGGAAACCCACAUGUGAUGAUAGAACGGGAGUCAAAAUUUGUGAGUCUUGUUCACUCUGGAGUUAAGGACGUUCGAGAAGUUCAACAGGUUAUACGACAGGAAGACGUAACGGUCAUUUUAAAAGAUGACGAAGCUUCUCUUGAAGAAGAGUCAGCAGAAGAACACUUUGAAGAAGAAAUCGAUAUUAUGCGAAUGGAUGAAGCCUAUUCAGAGGAGGAAUUCCGUGGCGAAGGAGCUGAAAAUGUUGAUCAUAGCAGUUCAAGAUUAUCCAAGACCGAUUCAGUAGAGGAAAUAGACAGAUGGGACCAAGAGGAGGGAAGUAAACCUCUCGAGGAUGAACGAAAAAAACAUCUCUUUGAGGAAGAAGUAGACGUCAGCGAAGUGCAAUCUAUCUAUGAGGAGGAAGUGGAAAUGCAAAGGGUCAAGCUAAAAGAGGACGGAGACCCUUCUGAAACUAAGGAUAAUGUCGUCAGUAGCACGCCUACUUUUGAAGAAGAAGUUGAGAUAGCAGCACAUGGAAGCACUAUUCAAGCGGAAGAAGGCAGCUUUGAAAGCCAGACGGCUGACAAUAUGCAAUUAAGACCACAGUCAACGGAGUUUGAGGAGGAAUUGGAGGUAUCUACACUACAAGAAGUUCAAGAAGUGGGCUCAGAGGAUUUUGAUCCAGAAGAUCAUUCAGUAGCAGCGGUAUUUGAAGAAGAGGUGGAGAUUUCUGCUUCAAGAGAAGAGUACCAAGAACCCAUGAUGGCUAAAGACGAGGAACGCAAAACAGUUUACUACAUAGAAAGUUCAGAGCAGUUUGUUGAAGGACGUGCUAAACUUGUUCAAAAGAGAUCCACACGAAGGCAGCCGCUUGAUUUGAGCCAAGUUGAUCUGUAUGAGGAUGAAGGAGCAGCAACACGGUAUUACGUUGAACUGUCAUCAACAGAGAGCCUGGAACGAGCUUAUGAGGAGGUAGAAGAUGAAGCACCGUUCACCGAAAAAUUCGUGCGACAGGGAGAUCCAUUGGAAGAAAACCUUGAAGAGUUUAUUCUCGUACGAUACGGUGAUGAAUUUGAAUCUUCUGGUGAGGAGGACCUUUCUGAGCAACGAGAAAUCUACGUCAUUCCUGAGGAGGAUAAUGAUGGUGAAAACAACAACCUUGUAGAAUACCCGAAGGAAGAGCUUGAAAUUGAAAAGGAACCACUCGCGGAGAGUUUUUACGAGAGAGAAUACAAAGACGUUGGUCUAGAGGAAAUCCGAGAAUCCCCAGAAUUCGGAAUCGACGAUUCUCCAGAAGACGAAUUGGAUGAAGAGGAACAGCGUCAACUCGAAGAAUAUGAACGGCUGGAGUCAUUUGUUAUCUUAGAGGAGAAAUUGAGCCAAGUGGAGUCCGAUGAAGACUGUGAUGAUGAGAAUGGGGGUUUCAGAGGGGAGGAAGGGGACGAAAAUGUCUUCCAUUCAGAUGUACAUUCUAGCAGUGAAGAAACUUUGCACGAGGAUGAAUUAGGUGAGACCAUGACGACUUCUUCGAUUAGACAUGCAGCAAUGUCUGCUGAUACCGAAUCAAAUGAAGAUAAAAAUACGGAUCGCCAGAGUAGCGGCACACACCAAGAACUCGCUGAGGAUUCCUUUGUAGUAAAAGAUGACGAAUUGGAAGUUCAGGAGGGUUUUGCUGAGAUAGCAGUGAAAGAUUUUUCCAGUGAGGAAUUUCAAACGUUACCAAUACAGAAGGGUAUUUCUGAUAAAGGAGAUCGAGAGAACGUGAAAGCAACUCCAGAAUCUGUUGAAAAAGAAAUACACCCCGAAUCCAGAGAAGGAAAAGACAAUAAAAACGAGCACAAUCUAAGCAGUGACUCUUCUGGUGAACAAAGUAUUUCAAGUGAAGGAUCAUUGUCCUCCACGGCCUCAGUUGAUCUUGAAGGUGAGAGAGAACUUUGCUUUUCCUUUCAAUUUGACAUAAAUGGGAUUUUUUUCCUUUCACUUUCAAGGUAUAAUGCUCUCUACUCUUUUUCGUGAUGAUUUUCUGUUCCUUGUAUUAUACAUAAUCACGGAGGGUUUCUUUGAUAGAGCAAUAUUGUGACUAAACAAAAUAUCCUUGGAAAUGUAUUUUUUAGGAUUAAAUGACUUUGAGCAAGAUUGUCUUUUGCAACACAACUUCUACCGGCGGCAACACCGAUGCAAACCGCUGAAAUGGUCUGAAGAACUCGCCGCUGGCGCAAAAGAGUGGGCAGAAUAUUUGGCAUCGGUGAGCUCCCUCGAGCGCUGCGACGGGAAAGAAUUUGGUCAAAAUCUCGCAACUUCGCAAGGAAAAGAAUUUAGUGGCUCCGAAGUUGUUGACACUUGGUAUGGAGAAUCAUCAGAGUACAAUUUUGAUGAUCCUGCCUUUAACGCCAAAUGUGGUAAUUUUACGCAAGUUGUUUGGACUUCGUCCUCUGAGUUCGGUGUGGGGAAGUCUGUGGCUGAUGAUGGAACUCAGUAUGUCGUGGCGUGGUAUAAACCUUCAGGAAACGUCGUUGGAGAAUUUAAAGACAAUGUAAAACCACCUAAAGAUUCUUCUAGCCGAGUGCGAAGACGAAGGUCAAGUGCCAGGAGACGUUCCCGGUCAGGAAUUCCGCCUUCCACUCCAGCGGAAAGAGGUAGUGACCAUGAUUAAAUUAGAGACUUACUUGAGAACUUCAACUGCCGGUGGAUAACUUGUUUGUCUACCGCGGCAUUCAUGGAACGAAAAUUUUGAGGCAUGCGGUUUCAAGCAUGUCGUUAUGUGUAUUUUUUUGUGUACAGACAGCUGCUUAAAUUUACUUAAGAACAAAGCAAUUUUGGCAGAUAAUGGCGUAGCACACCAACUAGACAGAGGAAGUGAGACUAUAUGUAAGAAUGGAAGGCCACAUCUAGUUGGAAGACUAAGCUCGAUUACCGAUUAAUUAAGACUACUCUUAAAUACGGAUUGAUAACCAAAUUUAUCGUUUCACUGCCCUCGUGAGCAUCCUCUUGCGCUGUUAAUACAUUGCGUUCAUGAGACAAAGACCAUCCUUGUUUUUUCAUAACCUUAUUUUGUGUUGCUUUUUUUCGUUUCUGUUUGCCAUUCUACACAGGUUUAUAUCAUGUUCUGUUGUUUUCCUUUACUCACACUUUUCAUUUUUGUAAGCUCAUUUCCUCAUUUUUUACGUCAUCAGAAAAAUUUAAAACCGAGUGCGUCAUCUCACAUAAUUACUACCGUACAUUUCACAAUGCUCCUCCUCUGCGUUGGUCUCCAUUGUUGGCUGCCGAAGCGCAGAAUUACGCAGAUCGCUUGAUUAAGACAGGCUCACUUACUCACAGCGGGCAAAAGGACCGCGGGGAAAACCUGGCCUACACAUGGGAUAGCCCGCUUUCUGCUCGAGGAGCGGUAGACUUGUGGUAUGAUGAAGUUCAAGAAUACGACUUUGAUUGCCCAGGUUACACAUCCAAUACGGGGCAUUUCACGCAGUUAGUCUGGGUAGGAACAGAAGAAUUUGGAAUGGGAAUGGCUGUAGCUCCCGAUGGGAGACAUGUGGUCGUCGGAAGAUACUAUCCUCCGGGAAACAUCGUAGGACAGUUUAGAGCAAAUGUGCAUCCAAGGGAAAUUGCUGGAAUUCCAUAG